AUGAUCCCACUGCUUGGUGUCACAUGGCUUUUUGGACUUUUUUUAUCAUUACACAAAGCUUUCGCCUACAUUUUUACCAUUUUCAACUCUACUCAGGUGAGAUCUCAAUAAAAGUCAGUCGAUACCAAAUUUUAGUCAUCUGUUCACAUACUUAAAUGCUCAAAGUACUCUUUUACCUAAAAGACUCUGAUAUUUGUAAGAUGAUUUUACCUACUCAACAUAACUUACCCAACAGCAGACAAUCUUUAUUGGUUUACAAGAUAUACGACUUGCUCUAAUUCAUUCUUUCGCCACUUUUAUCGUGGUUUCAUAUUAAACGAUUAUACCUUUAUCACCUUUGUCAUUCGGAUUACAAAAGGCGUAAUACUGAUAUAAUUGUCUGUUUUAGGGAAUCCUGAUUUUCGUUCUCCAUUGUGUGCGGAACAGCCAGGUAAGAUGAAUAUCAAACUGAGGAUGUACAUAAGGCGAAUUGUGUAUUUGUUAGACAUCAAUAGAGAUUUUAGCGGUUAGCAAUUGAUAUUUGGUCGCCUGUUUAUCUGCAGAUUAGAGAGCGAUUGAAAAGGACGAUGAACAUCAUUUUCCCAUCUGCUGCAGAUCAUGGAAACUCUGCGAAGAAGAGCUCACAAUUUAAUCCAAGUGAUGCCAGCGAAGUGAGGGCGGUAGAAAUGCAGGCUUUCAAAGAAUAGCACCAUACAAUAGUCUGUCAUUCAAUUUAAAGGACUUUUAGUGAUACCGUUUUUCCACCUGUAGAAAUAAAAAAUCCACAAGGAAAAGCUCACAGGUUAAUCUCAGUGAUGUCGGUCAUGUGUGGGUAGUUGAAUAGCAGUCUUAAAAUAAGUUGAGAGUUUAAAAAGAAAUAGCUUAAAUGACUGGAUUUAAUAGAACGAAAAUGAAAGUCC